CAGUUUUUCAUGGACCCAAAUAAGUAAAUCAAAUAUUCACAUUACCAAAUCACAGAUGCUGUAAAUUUCGGAGGAGUUUUGGACCCAGAAUAAUGCAAACAAUUGGCUCAGAGAAUCCUUGCACUGUAUGAUGGCAACUCCGAUGGAAAUAUUGAUUCUUUUGAAGUUGGAUAUAUGUUAAGUGAUUGCUACAGAGCCAUGAAUAAAGGAUUCAAUCCAACACCCACAGAUAUCGCUUCAUAUUCCAGAAUCUUGGACAGAAAGGGAACAGGCAGAGUGACAUUGGAAGACAUUGAGUAAUUGUGUCUCAAAUUCUUUGGUGCCAAAUCUGAUAAACAGCCAUCAUAAUAUUGAAUUAUUUAGUUAAUCAAUAGAAU